GAAAGUGUUAGCAAAACCUCUGAAUUUCCAUCUGGGACUUUAAACUCUGAACCGAAACAAAUAUUUUCCUGUUCAAACCAAGCUCCAGCGAGAGUAAACAUUCAAAGUCCACAUCCGUGGCGUGAUCCGACGUGUCUUCAGUACUUUUAGUCCAAUCAUCAUGGAGCUGUCCCCCCCUCCUUCCGGCCUAGAAGCAGAACAUGCAGCACUGUUCACCACUGCUUCUCUCCACUUCCUGCAUGAGCUCAUCUCCACAUUCGAUGACGAGGUGGAUCAGAUCCUGGGGUUGAGAGUGUCCAGAAAGGUCCACCUGGAUCUCUCAGGUGACCUGCCAGAUUUCCUGGAAAGCACCGCUCAUAUCAGGACAGACCCCACAUGGAAGGUGCUCCCUGUCCCCCAGAGGCUUCGGAAAAGACACGUAGAUAUUGGAGACAUGGCCCCUUGUGACACUCAGCGUUUCAUUAGGGCCCUCCAGUCCUCAGCGCAAGGAAUACAGGUGGACUUUGAUGAUGGGAACUGCCCAACAUUUUACAACCAGAUUAAAGGCAUUCACAAUGUCAUCCAGGCAGUGAACAACCAGAUCCCUGGUGUUCCGGACAUAUCUCAGGCUCCGGUGCUGAUGCUGCGUCCUCGGGCCCUGAACAUGGUGGAAGACAACAUGAUGGUGGAGGGAAAAGAGACUCCUGGUCCACUCUUUGAUUUUGGACUCCUCAUGUUUCACUGUGGAAAGAAACUGUUUGAACACAAGAGUGGGCCUUUCUUCUACCUCUCAAAAGUGGAGAGCUUCAUGGAGGCCAGACUGUGGAACAAGAUCUUUGUGUGGACACAACAGAAGCUGGGUCUUCCACUGGGCAGCAUCAAGGCAACAGUGCUGAUUGAGAACGUGUUGGCAUCAUUUGAGAUGGAGGAGAUUGUGUACGAGCUGCGGGAACAUUCAGCAGGACUCAACUGUGGCAUAUGGGAUUACUCAGCUUCCUUUGUCAAUAAGUUUGGUCACCGGCAGGCCUUCCUGCUGCCUGACCGCAGCAAGUACGUGAACAUGGAGAAGCGUUUCCUGCACAGCUACAUGGACCUGCUGGUGCAGACGUGUCACCGGCGGGGAGCCCUGGCCACGGGGGGCAUGGCUGCUGCGCUGCUGCCGCAGGACAUGCACGCUGACGCGCGCACAAAGGUCCUGGCCAACGUGACAAGACUGAAGUUGUUGGAGAUUGCGGCAGGUGUGGACGGGUUCAUGGUGUACGACCUGAACCUGCUCAAACCCAUGCAAGACCUGUUCCAGAAACACACUGAUGGUGAUAACCAGCUCCACGUGCUGCGAGAUGAUGUCAAAGUGACUCCCAAGGACUUGCUGGUCAUGCCUUCAGGAGGAGUCACUCUCCACGGUCUGAAGUAUAACAUAGCAGUUGGAGUCCUCUUCAUCAGCGCGUGGCUCUCAGGUAAAGGCCACUUCUUCUACAGAGGCCAGGUGGAAGAUUCAGCCACUGCAGAGAUUUCCAGAUCACAGGUGUGGCAGUGGAUCCGUCACCAGGCUCACCUGGAGGACGACGGCUCGCUGGUGAGCAGGAGGCUGGUGACAGAGCUCACCCAGGAGCUGAGGAGAGAACUGAGGAGGAGCUGUAGCUCUGCCAGGACUGAGCAGACGUUAGAUACGGCAGCAGACAUGUUCCUGGAGGUGGUCCUGAAGAGACGCUUCCCAGAGUUCAUCACCUCCUACCUGAGCCAGGACCACACGUUUCUGAACGCUCAGCGUGCCGGACAAGAGGAAACACGCCCACAGCCCGCCAAACUGUGAACGCAGCUGGGCCGCAGCUCCGUGUUCUUGCUUGAACACUUUAAACAAAUAUAUUAUCCUGGAAAAUAAAUAAUCUGC